AUGGAGCGUGAAGGACUCGUCUACAAGGCCCUAGAGGUCUAUAGAAACAUCCCAGAAUGGGGUGAGACAUAUCUGUCUCGAGAGGAGUGCCUUAUUGCUGUUGGAAUGAACGCGAAUGAUGCUGGAUCUGAGGCAGCUAGAAAACAAUUUGACCGGAGACGCACGGGGAUGGAGCAACGCUAUGGUCGUCCGGAGCUUCCAGACACCAUUGAAGCCAACACCAAGCGAGCAGUAUUCCUAUGGCAGCGCAUUGUUGAAAUCCCUAGCACGGGAAGGAAGCUAACACAAGCCUAUGCCAUGGAAUUGGCAGGAUUUUCGAAAGAGAACCGAAAAGCUGGGGCGCAGUACAUGAAAGUUAGUCGAGCGAUCAAGACGUUCCAGAAGAAGCAAGCUCAACAAACUGCUCCUGUUGACGAUGUCCCUCCGGAGAAUCCAGUCCCUGCAGCUCCAGCUCCUGCUGCUAGGGUGCCAACUGCAGCCGCUGUCAGGCCUACCGGUAGGGUUCCAACUGCAGCCGCUUCCAGAUUCACUGGACCAGUGCUCGAGGUCGAGUUUGAUGAUUCCAGUGAUGCUUUGUUGUCUCCCAUUUCAGCUAUUGAGGAACCGAAUGCUGCGGUUGUAACCUUUGAUGAGGACAAGGAAGAAGCCUCUUUCUUCAACACACCACCAAACUUUCACAACACACAAAUGAACCUCCUCUUUGAUGAGGUUUAUUGUGGCAACAGCUUGUCGACUGCCCCCACCACCAAGCCAUCCAAUAGCAGUAUCAAGUCGAAUGUUGAAUGGAAAGGCGCAAGGAAGCCUCAAGGGAGCGUUCGCAGUGCGGUUUCUCACCUGACAACGUCAACUGACACCCGUCGAACCAGCAAGGCAGCUCAAAUUGAAAGGCAGUCACGCCGAGAAAUUGACAAUAUCCGAAAGUCAAUCUUCAAGGCAGCUACCGUGAUCUACAACGCGGUUCGGUUGAACGAAAAUACGCUGUCGAUUUUCAAGUCUGCAGAAGCCGUCGCAACAACGUUUAACAACCUGAUUGGAAUUGAUUCAAACUGCAAAGAUAGAUCAAAUCGUGAGCAAAUGAAGAGUGCGGUUGGAGAAAUAUUGAAUGGAAAGAGGCGAGCCGAAGGCCUGCCAGACAUGAACGAUGCUCGAUUCUAUCGUCGUAUUGAAGAGGAGAUCUGUCAUCUUCAGGAUUUAACAAAGGCAGACAGCAGAGAGUCUCUUCGUGUGCUCUGGUUGACUUACCAGUCACAGCUUCGUCACUAUGAGAAUUGGGAGCAUCAUGCAGUCGAUCUUGGAUUUGCUCGAGAGCUUACAGAAGACGAACGUCCAGCUGAAGAUGGCUACAUUGUGUGGCAUCCAGAUAGGCUCUCACAUGUUCUACAGUUUGAUGAGAUGAACCUUGCUCUAGAGGGAACAGAUGCUUCGAUUGGUGGAAGAGAGAGUCUUAUUCCAUCGGCAUCACGAAUGAAAGCCAAAUAUGGUUUCAACGAAGAGAGAUACCACAACGUACCAUUUGCCAUGAAUCCAAAGGGAGGCAUGACAGGAGACAUGCUAUAUGAAUACUUUGUGCGUUGUGUCCUUCCUCUCUAUCCGCAGAGUGCCGACAAUGCUGAUGGUCGAGUGUUGGUGAAGCUUGACUCUGGUCCUGGACGUCACAAUUGCAAGUGGCUUGCCAAGCUGCGAUCUGUCGGCUUUCAUAGUUAUCCAGGAAUGCCGAAUGGAACAUCCACGGGGCAAGAACUUGACCAGAUGUUUGGCUAUCUGAAGAAACUUAUAUACGACAAUCGGAAUAAGCUUUGGGCUUCACGAUUCCGUCUUGAAGGCGAAGCAGCGGCCUUAUCAAUGUCUGACAUUGGUGUCAUUAUCUUUGGCGGCGUUGUCACCCUGACUGAUGGCAGUAAGCUUGAGCUUGUGAAUGCUUUCUCUGAAGCGAUGGAUGCCAACCACAUUCACAAGGCGAUGGACAAAUGUGGCUACUGCCCGAGCACUCGCAGUACAUUGACGUCAUCGCAGAUUCGACAUGAAGUCGUGGAGACGGAGGAUGGGGAUAUUGAUGCGGAAGCCGACCCAUACGGAUCGCUUCUUGAUGAGCUUGAACGGCAGAACCGAGAGGCUUGUCGGGCCCUUGAGAUUGCAGGAUACGAAUUGGCUGACACUCUUCGGCGCUCAAUCAACAGAGUGACCGAGAACCAAGUUAGAGGAAGGGCAUCGUCCGUGACGUUGCCAAACACAAGAGAGAGACAGGAUGCCAUUAUGAAGGUUUCAACUGCGGGCGGUUGGUUUCAUGUAACGAAUGGUGGUGGUCCCAUGACUUGCGAUGAUGCUUUGAUUGCCUUUGCCCGGAAGGAUCAAGAAAAGCAAGUAAAAGAGCUAGAGAAAAAGAAGAAAGUGUUCAUGGCAUACGAAAAUAUUGCUGCUGCUGCCAAGGAGUUAAUGGAGUCUCGAAGAGACUUUUCGAAAUGGAGGAAGCCAGAGCUACAGCUAGCAAUUCAAUGGAAGCAAGGGCCGACUCCAACCGCACCAAACAAUGAGAAAACUGAUGGAAAAAAGGAUGGGCUUGUAGCCCUUUGGAGAAACAAGUACAACGAGAUACAAGCACCAACAGACGAGUGGACGGAAGCCGAUGAGGACAGACUUGAAGAUCUACGAAAUGGAGAGAUCGAAUGCUUCGAAACUGCCACCGGCUUGAAGCAUUGCUUUGAAACCGAAGACGAAGGUAUUGCUCUACGAAUUCUAUCUUUCAACAAGCAGCGUCGAAAGAAAGUGUUGCUCCGAGUGAUUGAACAGCUUCAGGAAGGCGAGUGGGACGAUAUUCAGAUCGACGUUCCAUGA